UAUCAUUUUGUAAACCAUCAUCGUCAAUUUCAUUUUGUCAAAACCCCCACCAAUCACGUGCCUAACCUGCAGGCUUACUAAUCGCCAUCAUCCAAAAACUCAUCAACCAUCUCAAAGAUAACUUCAAGCUCCAACCAGCUCUUCACCAAAAAACACUCUCACAACAAUCCUUUUCAGGCAAGAAAAAUCACAAAAUCUACAAUCACACAUACAUCCAAACACUUUAUUAUACUCACGAAAAUGGCACCCAAAGCCCAACGCGUAGUAGUCGAACGCCCCGCUCGUCGCACUCCUCAACCAAAAGGUUAUUUCGCAAGCACAUAUUCUGCAUUAACUGCACCCGAAAAUGCGAGUGUGGUGAGGAGUAUUGGGGUUUUUGGACUUGCAGUUGCGUUUUUUUCGAGCAGUUGGAGUGAUUAUCUUUUACCUCCGUGAGUAUUGAGCAUUUUUCUUUUGGUUUUGGGACUUAGAUUUGUAUGGGGCUAAUUGUUGUGUUUAGUUUGUAAUGAAUGGUUUUCAGGAUGGUGUGUUGGUAUUGGGAAUGGGUGGGGAUGGGAAAGGGAAAGGGAAAAGAGGAAGGGGCAAGAGUGAAAAAUGAAGUGGAUGAUAAGGGAUACCUUUAAUGACGAUAAAUGUACAAUGAAUGGGUCGCAGAUGGAUACAGUAGCGGAAGGAGUGUAUGAUAGUAUUCUGUUGGACAGACCGGAUAUGGACAAUGGCAUAUGAUGCAGUGGAGAUAAUCCAAAGGACUUUGAAUGUGUAUACAUUGGGAUGGAAAAUGAGGCGUUGAUACUUUUGAUGAAUGGAUCUCUACUUCCUAUGUUCGCAAAU